GAACAUGCAGCGAGAGUUUGGUUUUCUGUGUGAUUGCACCGUUGCUAUUGGAGAUGUUUACUUCAAAGCCCACAGAGCGGUGCUGGCUGCUUUUUCUAACUAUUUCAAGAUGAUAUUUAUUCACCAAACAAGACCAUAUAAGCAGGGGAGGGGUAUGAGAGCUAAGAGUGGACUCCGAGGGAGGAAGAGGGAGUCCUGAGAUGUCAGGACUAACGAAGUGGAAGGCCAGCUUACUGACACCCAGUGCACGCUGAUGCACUGACACACAGACUUCUACUUCAGGGAAGGUAAGUCCAUUGACCAAUCCAUUGUUCUUGACAUCUAACACUUCCCUCAAAUUGACUCUACCAUAAAUUUUUAGGGAGUUUCAUGAUUUCUUGUUACACAGUCAUUCCCAUCUGUUACCUGAAUUCUAGAUUCAUAUGUAAAAGUUGAGUUUGGGGUUAUUUUAGAACUCUUCAAAGUUAUAGCUGUAUUCAUUUGUGAUUUAAAGAGUAGAUAUUUUAACGUAUUUUGAAAGCCAAGGUAACAUUACUGUAAUUUAAAUUCUAAUAUUACCAAUUUCUUUAAGAGCAGGUUACCUGUUUUAUUCAUUUUUCUACUCCCUGGCACCUAGCAUAGUCCAUGUCACUUAGGAGGCAAUUAAUAAAUGUUGAACUAACCAGAGUAUCUAUCUGUGUUUUCUAACUUUCUAUUGGAUUCCUACAGUAGAUUGAAUACAGGAAGAGCUGUUACUGUGCCAUAAAACUGGCAUAAAAUAAAGGUUUUAGCGUUCAUUCCUGUGUUUCAUUCAGGCAGACUGCUGAGUUUGAACUUCUUAGGAAGAAAUUACUUUAGCCUAAGACUAGAUAUGUUAACUAAAAAGCCAGUUAGGUUGUGUUUCAUUUUGUUUGGGUCUGUUUUUUGUUUUUAACAGUGAAUGCAUAAAAAUACAACCAACUGACAUCCAACCCGACAUAUUCAGCUAUUUGUUGCACAUUAUGUAUACGGGGAAAGGGCCAAAACAGAUUGUGGAUCAUAGUCGUUUGGAGGAAGGGAUUCGAUUUCUUCACGCCGACUACCUUUCUCAUAUCGCGACUGAGAUGAAUCAGGUGUUCUCACCAGAGACUGUGCAGUCCUCAAAUCUGUAUGGCAUUCAGAUCUCAACGACCCAAAAAACAGCUGUCAAACAAGGGCUAGAGGUCAAAGAACCUCCUUCCAGUAACAGUGGAAACAGAGCUGCUGCCCAGAGUGACCACCCCCAGUUGCAGCUCUCUCUUGCUAUUGGGCUGGAUGAUGGCACUGCAGACCAGCAGAGGGCCCACCCUGCAGCCCAGGCCUUGGAGGAGCACCAGAAGCCCCCAGUGUCCAUCAAGCAGGAGAGAUGUGACCCAGAAUCUGUGAUCUCCCAGAGUCAUCUCUCACCCUCUUCAGAGGUGACAGGCCCCACUUUCACCGAAAGCAGUAUCAAAAUACACUUAUGCCAUUACUGUGGGGAACGUUUUGAUUCCCGUAAUAACCUAAGACAACACCUCCAUACCCACGUGUCUGGAUCUCUCCCAUUCGGUGUCCCAGCCUCCAUUCUGGAAAGUAAUGACCUUGGUGAAGUACAUCCCCUCAGUGAAAAUAGCGAGGCUGUAGAAUGCCCCAGGCUCAGCUCCUUCAUUGUCAAGGAGAAUGAACAGCAGCCUGACCACUCAAACCGGGACACCACAGAGCCUUUGCAGAUCAGUCAAGUGUCUUUGAUCUCCAAAGACACAGAGCCAGUAGAAUUAAACUGUAAUUUUUCUUUUUCAAGGAAAAGAAAAAUCAGCUGUACCAUCUGUGGUCAUAAAUUUCUCCGAAAGAGCCAAUUGCUGGAACACAUGUAUACGCACAAAGGUAAAUCUUACAGAUAUAACCGAUGCCAAAGGUUUGGUAAUGCAUUGGCCCAGAGAUUUCAGCCGUAUUGUGACACCUGGUCUGAUGUACCCAUGAAAAGUUCUCGCUUGUCGCAAGACCACUUAGACUCGUCUUGUGCCUUACAGCCAGAGCUCACACAAGACAAUGUGGACACUAUCCUUGUUGAAUAGCAGCUUCUUCAGAAUUUUUAUACGAAUUCUGAAAAAGUAGAUUCACAUGGCAUUUUUUUAUUCAUAAAUUAUUUUCCUCAAGUUCUACUGACUUUUUUUUUUCUUCUUUACCAUUUACCCAUAGUUUUAAAGUUGUAUAUAUUAGGUCUUCUUAUUAUGACAUAUUAUAUUAAUACAUGGCUAUUAAAGUGUAAUCAUAAGUUAAAUCACAAUUUAUAAAUCAGGAAUCAAUGUAGAAAUAUGAAAACUUUACAGUGAAUAAUUAUAGAAUUUUUAUGUUAUUCCAGAUUAUAGAGCCAGUAAAAUCAAACUGAAUAUAAGUAAAUGAAGUCAGUUUUAAAGAAUAUUCCAGAUGACCACUUUUGACUAUUUCACAUGAAUUAAGCCCCUACAAAGGAUUAUUUCAAAAUAUUUUCUGCCACUUAGGAAAUUAAUGGUUAUUUUAACGCAUACUUAUAAUGCAUACCAAAUCAUGCAUAACUUUAAGAUUACCUUUUUACUUACUAGCUCUGUAACAUCUUACAUAACAUUUAUUUCUCAAUAUUGUGCAUACCUCAUUUUUAAUGAAAAAAUAAAGGGAAGAGAGAGAGACAAAAAAUCUUAAAGAGAGAAACAGUAGGGUACAUUCACACAGAUAAGCACAGAGAGAGGAAGAUUCAGAUAGACCUGCACUGACUAACACCCCAGCCUUCUUAUAUUAAUCUAGAGUGUUUUCUUAAAGACCUUAAAGCAAGUUGAGAUUUUUACAACCAGAGGUUUACAUGAGUUUAAAGAGGAAAAUGAUAAAAUACAAAUCAUCUUUCUACCCUCAAUGUCAGAGGAUUUUCAAGGUGGCCUGGGUUGAUGUUAAUUUUCUAAAAAUGACUUGAAAAAGUAAUUUUUCAGUGGCACAGUUUUCACUUUUUUCUGGCUAUCAAACCAGCAGAAUGGAUACAUUCAGUGUUCUAGAGCUAUGUUUAAAACCAUGAUUAUAGAUUUCCCUCUAUGAAUAAACUUAGCUCCCUUUUAUAAUGGUGGAACUCACAAAGCUAAACAAAAAGAAUAACUAAAGUUGAUGGAAUAAAUGAUAAAUUAUCUUUCUCUGUUCUUCUGGGAAAUAGCUGGUCAAACUUCACUGCAAAGAAUGGAUCUAAAUUGUUUCUGAAAUUUUUUAAUUUCAAAUACUAGUCAAGACUAACAACAGACAGGCUCCACAAUAACCUCAUCUUUUUUGUAUGCUGCCCUGCUGUUAAAUUCUAAGUCUCACAAAUAUUUUAAUCUAAUAAAUUUGGUUUAUGAGGCUUAGAAUUUAACCACAUAUAAAAACUCUUGGAGCACACUCCUGACAGAACAGUUCUGAGGACAUUUCCUGACAUACUCAACAGCAUCAGUGUUCAGUCGGGAGCGUGCUCCAAGAGUAAUACAGCUAAUUCUUGGGACCCAAAGGUUUUCUCUGGGUAAACAGUGAGUUUUGGUGAAUUACAAAGUGAUGUGAAGGAGAGCAUUGGUGAGCAGGUUAGCAGUUGAGUUUCUGCCUUAGACAAGUGAGCAAAGCUGUCUGGGGUCAAGAUUGAUGUGUGUUGAGAGCAACUCUAAGUAGUUAUGGAUAUAGGAUCAGUUGUACUGAAUGGUUAAAACAAAUGUGUCAGGACUUCAUCCAGUCUUAAACUUUUUUCUACCAAACCAUUUAAGCAAUUAUUCAAACUCAUACUGCUCUCAAAGAUUUCAUCUCAUAUGUAUCUGUGCCACACUUGAUUACUUAGGAGAUAGUAUUCCAGAUGCAGCUGACAUUAACUGACACCAAUGCUUCUGUUUUGUGCCAAAGUGAUUUUGUCAGAUUAGAUUAAAUAUCACCUCAAAGCACCUUAAAAGAAACUUGGAUUGCAAAAAUAUAUACCAUAAAAAAGGCCCAGUGAAGAAAUUUUCAAAAUACAGGUACACAAAUAUUAACACUGGUUUCAUGUAUCUUAGGCUAUUUAGAGUACGCUCACUAGCCACCUUCAAGGAAAAUUUUAUUGUUCUCAUUCAGAUAACAAUUUUCCUGGUUUUCCUCUUCUAUAUUUUUUCCUACUUGCCCAGUCAUUAGUCCUUGACACAGGAAAUGUGUAGCUAAGGGUGGGAAUUAGGGAUGUAUAAAGGUUGGAGGGUAAGGCAGCAAUUCAGGGCAGACUCUAGAGAAAUGGUAAGAGUUUGCUUGUGGCCACUGGCCGUGAUAGACAACACUCAUUGCAAGCAGUGGUAUAUCUGUGUUGUUGGCAGUUAAGAAAGGAGUGAUUAGCCAUGUUUUUAUUCUUAUUCACAUGGUUCCUUUUAAUAUUAGGAAUUCAAAGCAAAUGUUCUUUCCUUAAUCCUUAUAAUGUUCUGUUUUGGGAAGUAGAAAAAUGUUAACUUCAUUUUACCAAAAAAAAAAUAAAAUCCCAAAAGCUUGGUUCCAGAGAGCAAGUGAAUAGGGGUAUGAGGACUGAACCCAGUUUUGUUUUUUUGUUUAUUCAACGGGUAUUUUUAAAAAUAACUUUCACAGGCCUAACACUGUGCCCUAAGUCUAUUUUUUUAAGAUAUGAUUCCUCACUAAGAAAAUCUACUUUGUCUAAAUAAAUUUCUUCCAGCUAAACUCCUUGGCUUGGACUAAAUCAUCUGCAAAAUGGAGCUAUAAUCUUAGCCAGUAUGCUAAUAAUAUAAUUGUGGUUUGCCUAAUGAUUACCAAGCUUGUAAAACUGGAAAUGCUAUAUGCACUUUCAUCAACGUAUCAAGCAAAUAUUAAACAGACAUUUUCCCCUUGGAUCAGCUUAAAAUUUUCCCUACUUUCGAGAUCCCACAUAUAGUUGUUUUCUGGAGAAAAACAGACUAUUUGAGUAUUUGUCCUUAUUGGCAUAUUGUCAGAACUCAGAAUGUGAUAAGUGCAGUCUGCCUUAUAAGAAAACCAAAAAUUCUUGAUUUAUGACUCUUGAUAUUGUUAUGCCUUGCUCUGACUUUGAUUCCAAAUUUGUAAAGUAGGUAUAAGAAAUACCUACCUCACAGGGGUGUUGUGAGGAUUUGUAUUAAAAUUGUGUUAAGUUCUCUGAGUUAUCACUGAUAAAACCAGCCAUAUAAAGAAAACUACAUUUAUUCUGUAGCUAAACCUAUUAACUUCGGUAUUCCAACCUGUAAAUUCUAGAACAUCUUAGAAUGCAGCCAUGCACUCUUUAAUAGUCAAUAACUAAUUGACAAAGCUCAUUUUUACUUUUUAUGACUACCCUAGAAAAGCAAUGUUGCUAGAAUUCUACCAUAGCUUGAUUAUCAGUGUUUCUCUUUAGCCUUCAGUGAGGAGGACAUUAGUUCUUUGGUAUUACUGGGAAUAAAGCCUUGCCAAUUUCAGCUUUAUGGAAAGUUCCCCCAAACAUACUGUUUACUCACAGGGAAAGGAUCAAAAACAAUGAAGAAACAUUCACAUUUCUUUCAUCUCAGUUAUAUGAACAGUGGAUAGGGACAGGAAGUGGAGCAGGGAAUAACAGUAAUUCAUUAUGUUCUUUUUUUAGUAUUGAAAAAGGCUUCACUUAAAACUGAGGGACAUUAUAUUAAUCAUGGAAACAGUUUGGAAAAUGUAUAAUUCCAUUAAAGGUUACGUGCACAGGCAAAUUUUUGAUGUAACUCAAACUCUUAAUGAUAAGUAUCAGUUUUUUGUAGAUAUUGAAGUAAAAAUAGGCCACGUUAAGAGUUCUCCUAAUGUAACUAGUGUCUUUGUAUGUCUUAAACUAAAUGUAGCUGUAUGGUGUUUUAUUAUAGUUACUUUAAAUUAAGAGUGAAAUUUGUGAUCAUUUUCUGCUGUAAUUCUGUGUUUGUAUGGUUGGACUCUUUGAAAACUGGUGAGGUUACACAAUCCCCAAGCCUGGAUGUCUUAAAUACGAGGAGUUACAAACUGUGAUGUUUGUCUUCAAGACUUGGAAGAAUCCAUUUUCUUCAUUAUGUAUCUGUGCCACACUUGAUUACUUAGUAGAUAUUAUUCCAGAUGCAACUGAUAUUGUUACCAACACCUCUGUUUUGUGCCAAAGUGAUUUUGUCAGACUAGAUUAAAUAUCAACUCAAAGUACUUUAAAGAAACCUGGAUUACAAAAAUGUAUACAAUAAAAAAAGUCCACUGAAGAAAUCUGCAAGAUACAAAACACAUAGCAAAUAGACUGAAAUCAAUAAUACAUUGUAUGAUUAAACUCUUCCACCUGAUGUACUGUGAAUUUGCUCCAGAAACAUUUCUUUAGAAAGUUUUGUAUCCUCUGGUUAGAAGCGAAACAGUGGAUUUAAUGUAUUUUAUCAUGACAAAUAAACUAAUGUGACUUAGUCGUAGACAAAACCUUUUAUUAGCUCAGCUUAUAGAUUGUGUUCUUAUUUUACAGCAGUGUCUGCCAAACCUUGUCUUCCUAGUAUUGAGGUAAGUAAUCUCUUGUGCUGGGUAGCAUUUUGAAUGUUGUAAUGCAAAAUGCGCCACUGAACCCAUUUCUUAUCACCAUGAUCAGUGUUAAUAGAAUAUUGAUGCACUAAUCAAGUGCUUUCUAAUUACUGUCUCUAGACAGAAAAGUAAUAUCUAGGCGUUUUCCAGAUGUUUUCUGCUUUGCUCCUUUCUGUUGUUUAUUCUCUACUGUAUUUCUUCCCUUCCCCCUGCCACCUCAGAAAGAAAAUAUAGAAGUGUUUCUCAACCUGGACAGUUUGCCCUCCCCUCGUCUCCGGACUACCCUCUCCUCACCAUCCUGCCAGGGACAUUUAGCAGUGUAGAGAUGCUUUUGGUUGUCCCAACUUGAGGACUGGGGCGGGGGUUACUACUGGCAUCUAGUGGGUAGAGGCGAGGGAUGUUGGCUGAAGAUAAUACAGUGCAGAGAACAGCCGCCCAAAGAAUUAUCCAGCCCAAAAUGUCACUAGUGCUGAAGUUGAGCAACCCUGGUCUAGAAGGUUAAAAUUAGUUUUGUGAUAGUUGUCAAGAGUUAAAGGAUGCAAAGAAAGUUAAAUUUGGGAUUUCUGCCCCAGUUAUUUUUGGAGUUCAUACUGUUCUGACGGAAUAUGAGAUGUGUUAAUUCAGAAUUACAUUCUACUUAUCCUUUAUCUCAGCCUUUAAAAGAUAAAAAACGUAAUUAUUAAAAAGCACAGAUAUACUAAGCAGCAAGGUAGUUUUAAAUCUAUUCAUAUUAUUUUUGAACUAAAUAAUUGUGUCUCUAAAGAGGGCUCUUCAUGAAAUAAAAUGUGACUGUAGGUUCGUAUUUUUGUUAUGAGGUAAAUUUUUAAUAUGGCCAAAAGGUGGCACCAGUGUACCUUUAAAAAAUAGAUUUUACAUUAUGUUCAAAUUUGGCAUCACUAUUUGCUUAAUUCACUAUUCAGUGCUUAGCUCCUCUUAGAUCUUGCUUUCUUUUAUAGAGUCAUGAUUAAUGGGAAUUUUCAUAGAAUUCCAUAAUAGUGCGUAUAUCUUGAUGUCCCUCCUUGAUCAAGAUGCUUCCAGUUUAUAUGUAAAUAUAUUAUAGCUUCAGAUAACUUUAAAAUAGAACAUUAACUGUGAUUGUUAUAGUGAGCAUUUCUUAGGAUCCAGGUUAUUAACAGCAAGGCCAUGGAGUUUUGGUCCCAGUCAUACGAGCUCUUCUAAUCAAGCAGCCCAAACUCAGUUUUUGAUGUUCUGCCUGCUCAAGAGAUAAAUCCAUGAGUAAAUACUCCUGUGCUUAUUUCUUGCCUCUUGUUUAUUUUUUUU